AUGGCUUUCAAGGUGCUGUCGAAAGUCAUCGCACUGACAGGCCUAACGCCUUACGCAAGAGCGGCUCCGGUCAGCUGCGACAGCGAGGAGUGCUUGGCAAGAGCCGAGGACACAGAGGCAUUAGCAGCCUCGACGGUUUUGUUGCAGGCCAGCCUACAGCAGUCGAGACUUUCGACGGUAGCGCAGGGCAAAGUGCAAACAGCACUUCCAGGCUCCCUUCUUCGCGACUCUAGCGGCCGCUUUAUGGAGCUGCUGAGUCUCGCCGCCUUUGCUCUGCUCUCUCCGGGUCUUGCGGUGCGGGAGGCGGGGAUUUCUGCCAACAAUGUCCCCCCCAGCGUGGAGGUGACUUUCCAGAAGGGAAUGGACCUGCAGGAGCUGCAGCAAGUGGCGUCUUUCAUCGGUUACAGGUGUGCCUCUAAAGAUCUCUACAAGACUUAUGGCAGAGUGGCGCAGUGCCUCAGAAGAUGGAUUGACGACGGUCUCCAGGGGAAGUACAACGUCUUUGUUGGUGAGGAUAGCAUGGGGGCGAGCUUCGACUCCGAACACGCAGCAGCGUUCAAACACGGAGGUGUAAAGAUUCUCAUCUUCCGCCCGUGGUGA